AAAAAGAAAAGAGGGGACAUUAGGGUUCAGGAUUUCACUGUAUAUAAAAUAAAGUUCACUCCUACAGUACUCCAUUUCCCCCGGUGUUUAUCUCUUUAGCUUUCUCGCCUCUGAAGAGAAGCCAACGCCGCCAUGGUUCACGUCAGUUUCUACCGCAACUAUGGGAAGACGUUUAAGAAGCCAAGGCGUCCAUACGAGAAGGAACGUUUGGAUGCUGAGUUAAGACUUGUAGGAGAGUAUGGGCUCCGGUGUAAGAGGGAAUUGUGGAGGGUUCAGUAUGCUCUGAGCCGUAUUAGAAAUGCUGCUAGGGACCUUCUCACUCUUGAUGAGAAGAACCCUCGUCGUAUUUUUGAAGGUGAAGCACUUCUUCGCAGGAUGAACAGGUAUGGACUUCUGGAUGAGAGCCAGAACAAGCUUGAUUAUGUAUUGGCUUUGACUGUUGAGAACUUCCUUGAACGUCGCCUGCAAACGCUUGUGUUCAAGUCUGGUAUGGCUAAGUCGAUUCACCAUGCUCGUGUGUUGAUUAGGCAAAGGCAUAUCAGGGUUGGGAGGCAGGUGGUUAACAUACCAUCCUUCAUGGUGAGGGUCGACUCCCAAAAACAUAUUGACUUCUCUCUUACAAGUCCAUUUGGAGGUGGCCGCCCUGGAAGAGUGAAGAGAAAGAACCAGAGAGCAGCUGCCAAGAAGGCCGCUGGUGGAGACGGUGAUGAAGAGGAAGACGAGUAAACCUUACGCAGCUAUCACACCUUUAAAUGCCCUUGUUUGGAACUUACAAUUUACUCCGUUAUUUGACAUGGUUUGAGUUCUGUUUCAAGACCUUUACUGUAGUGGAUGAUGUCUCGGAUUUGAUGUUAAUUGAGCUAUUUAUUUGUUUUGAGGUUACAAUAUUUA